CAGCCGAUGCAGGCGGAGAAGACGGUUUUACAAAUCGGUAAACGAGGGGGACAGACAAGAACCGGAGAAUCUGCAGUCAGAGUCGCCGUCUAAUCUGCAAAAGUAAUCUCUGCAACUGCAUCAAAAUGGAGAAGAAAAUCACAGAUUUCGCAGGAAAAUGGACAAUGAAGUCUUCGGACAAUUUCGAGGAACUUUUGAAAGCGCUGGGUGUGAAUGUGUUCCUGAGGAAGAUUGCAGUGGCGGCGGCCUCCAGCCCAGCAGUGGAAAUCACCCAGCAGGGAGAGAGUCUGUCCAUCAAGACAUCCACAAGCGUCCGCACCACCCAUAUCUCCUUCACUGUGGGUCAGUCCUUCAAUGAGACGACGGUGGAUGGCCGCCCCUGCACGAGCUUUCCUAAGUGGGAAACAGACAGCAAGAUCAGCUGCGAACAGACUUUACAGAAAGGUGAUGGGCCCAAGACAUCGUGGACCCGAGAGCUGACCAACGAUGGAGAACUUGUACUGACUAUGACUGCUGGGGAUGUUGUCUGCACCAGAGUUUAUGAGAGAGAGUGAGGAAGUUUUUUUUUAAGACUGUCAUACAAUACUCAUGUUUUGUGCCUCAUGCAUGGUUUACAUUUACUCGCCUUGUUUUCUUCUUUGUCCUCCUCGCAGCCAGUCACAUGUUGAUAAGAUCUCGCUCAAACAGUGCACUGUGUAGAAAAGGCUUCGGUUUACAUGAACGUAUGUUGGAAAAGUUGCUUUUAUAACACAAAAGCUGAAAUUAUUCUUUAUGUAUCAAAUAUAAAUGUCACACAUUCCUUUUUUUUAAAAUCUGUAUUGCAGUGUAUAAAUCACUUUUCAAGAUGUUAAUAAACUGUUUUAUAUGAAUUUA